AUGGCCAGCUACGAAGUCUUUAGUCGUAUACAACCACACGAAUAUCUACGUCGUUUCCUUGACCAGUCCAUUCGUCCCGAUGGUCGCCCUCUUGAUCGCUUUCGAAAAACUCUUAUUACAACCGAUUCUAUUGCAGCUGCCGAUGCCAGCGCCAUGGUCCGCUUAGGUGGCACCGCGAUCGUGUGUGGUAUCAAGGCUGAAGUAUGCGAACCCCAUGUAGAACGACCUGAUCAAGGCUAUUUGGUUCCUAACAUCGAGUUAUCACCCAUGUGCUCAUCAAAGUUCCGCCCUGGUCCACCUCCUGAAAGUGCUCAAGCCAUAUCACAAUUAAUCCAUGAGUUGUUUUCAAGUUGCAAUAUCCUUCCACUUGAAUCGCUUUGUAUCGAAUCCGGCAAAGCUGUAUGGGUGCUUUAUGCAGACAUUGUGUGUCUCAAUUACGAUGGCAAUAUCACGGAUGCAAGUUUACUGGCUUUGACAGCAGCCCUGAACAAAUUAACAUUACCAAAAGCAUCUGUAUCCGAAUCCAUGGUGGUUGAAGCAGAUGCAUCUGAUCGAGUGCCUAUAAAGUUAGCACGAGUACCAGUGGCAUCCACAUUUUGUGUCUUUCAACAACCCCAUGCUGUCCUCUCCGACCCGAAUGAAGCCGAAGAGUCACUUUCACGCGAAACAGUGACAGUCGUAUUGGAUACAACAGGUCAACUUUGUAUGGUUCAUAAAAAUGGUGGCAACAGCGUAGCCAUGGAUACCUUCAAGGCAUGCUUUGAUCGCGCUAGUGAGCGGACAAGUCAAAUUGCGGUUCUCUUACUCGAAUAA